AUCAACUCAAUUACGGAAUUUUUUGAUUUCAUUGAAUUUUUACGAAGGAUCAGAUCAAGUAAAACGGUGAAGUUGAGACUUGAUAUCUUUGUUGAAAUUGCUAUUGCUCAUUACAUUGUGUACCAUGUUGUUCCAUAUUGUAAAUUUAACUUUAUUCGUCAUUUACAAAAUCGUUUAAUUGCAGUUUUAUCAAACAUGGCAUAAGUGUUUGACUCCUACGAUAAAUUACGUCUAAAACAGUUUAAGAGUGUGGAAAUUUUUGGUUUCAUGGCCGGCGAUAUUUGUGGUUCAUUUUCGAAUUUCCAAAGAUUGGCGACUCUUCGGCUAGAUGGACUAAAAUACCGAUGGACAAGUAAAAUGUAUCUGGUUGAUAUUGGCGAAUUCCCAAUGAUAUUGAAAAGGUUUAAAUUGAUGGUUGUGAAAAUGUUUAUAUUAGUCCUGCAAAUGAAGCGAAUGUACAGUCGUUGCAGCCUCCUACUUUGGAAAGAAUUUUCUUUGAAUUUGCGGGCGAACAUCUACCAAACUCUGUUGAAAAGGUUUUGUGGAUGA